AUAACACAAACAGGAGAUCAUAGUGGCAGUAUUUACUUGAAGACAUCUGAAUGAUGAUUUUAAUUUAUUUAAUGGCAUUUUUUGCAAAUGAUACGAUUCUCUUUCAUACAUUUACCGCAAACAUAUUUUUUACUAAUUAUACAAGAUUUAGUUGUUUCGUUUUCUUUGCACAAUCGUAUCUGACAUGUUUUUCACGAAUGCAAAAUAUUGACCAUGAUAUUGGCCACUUGAUAUUUCUUGUAAGUUUUCUUUUUCUUCUUGGAAAAAUUCGUGACACUGUACUUCGUGAUACUUGCCAUUUGAUCGAUGACAUCAACGCCGAAUUUGAUUUUGUUCUGUAAUAUGCAAUUGUUUCAGGUGUACGCAUUCUGUCGUUAUAGAUUUUUAUUCUUUUAUGCUUUGAAUUUAUUAUUGUAACUUUUUUGGCUGGUUUGGAUUUAUAAAUUGUUAGAGUACAAUUAUUUAUUUUGUAAAGUAUUGUUGAGAAACGUUCCAAUUCGUCCUUUGUUGAUUUUGCUAGUUGGAACAAUUCUCUUCUAUUAUUCCGACUAGUCCCAAAUAAUAUUGUUCGUUUUGUCAAUAAUUUUGUCACCAGUGAUGCGCUCGUGAAGAAGUUGUCCAUCGUAAUAUCUCUCCAAUAUUCAGUAAACAGUUCAACCAUUUCGAUGACAACAAAUUCACCGAGUGAUAUUGACGACGGUCGGGAUUCUUUUUUCCCAAAUAUAAAAAUUUUUUAUAAUGUAUUUACUAUUGACUUCCGAUGCUAAUCAAAAUUUGAUACCAAAUUUAUCAGGCUUGUUUAUAUAUACUAUAUAGGGUGUGAAUUUACAUCUUACUUUUGUAGGGAAUAAUUGCUCAUCAAAAGUCAGAUUCAUAUCGAGCUCGUAACUAUUUUGAUUAUUCUCAAUAAAUCUGUUCAUUAUAUGUAAAAUUAGAGCAAAAUCGUAUUAGGAUGUAUGCUACUAUCUAUAGUUGUACUAUACUUGAGUCCAAAGAUAAGAUACGAAGUAAAAAAAUUUAGAAAGUGAUAAAAAAUUUGUACACCGGUCAAAUGGCCGGCUAUGGUAAGAUUAAGGGAUGACAAAAUUUUCUCAGAAGAAACAAAAAAAAAACCAAAGGUGAGAAAUUGAUUAACAAGAGAAUGUAAGACUUUACGGAUAGUUAAUGAUGAUCGAAAAAAAUAAUAUAUAUGUAUAUAUACAAGAUGAAAUCGUAAAUCGAUGAAAAGACUGACUGGGCUUGGUACGUUUAGUAUUAACGUUGGAUAUGCAAAAAAUAACAGAAAGUCGUUUUCCUUGAAUAAUUAUGUAUUUAUGAUUGAAUUAUUUUCCACGCUCAGAGAGAAGGAACCAACAUUCCAUAAUCGCAUAGUCACGAUCGAGGGCGAUUGUAGUUUACUAAAUCUCGGUAUCUCCAUGACCGAUAAGACAACACUUAUACGAAACGUUUCCAUUGUUUUUCAUGUCGCGGCGACUGUGAGAUUCAAUGAAAAAAUAAAAUCGGCCACAGCUAUUAACGUUCGAAGCUUGAAGGAUGCUAUAAAUUUGUCUAAGGAAAUGCCAAAAUUAAAGAGUUUCGUCCACGUAUCAACGGCUUAUGUUAAUUGUCUUUAUAAUUCGAUCAAUGAGAAAUUCUAUGAUCCACCAAUCGAUCCCGAUAAAUUGAUCGAUUUGAUGGAAUGUCUAGACGAAAAAUUACUCGACGAUAUUACACCGCGAUUACUUGGAAUAUGGCCGAACACCUAUGUUUACACGAAAUCAGUUGCGGAAAAUGUGGUGAAAAAGCAUGCCGGUUUGAUACCAAUUGGUAUAUUUCGUCCAGGAGCUGUAAUAUCAACGUAUCGAGAACCUAUUAAAGGAUGGAUAGAUAACUUGUACGGGCCAAUAGGAGUUACAGCAGGUGCUUCAAUAGGAUUGAUACGAAUAACACAUUGCGAUGGAUCGAUAAAAAUGAAUGUAUUACCGGGAGAUCUUACGGCGAACGGUUUAAUCGUAAGUGCAUGGGAGAUUGCUAAUAAUCGAAGAAGGAAUGAGGAUAUUCCAAUUUAUAAUUACGUAUCCAAAGAUAAUCCAAUAACUUUCGACGAAUUAAAAUACAUGACUGCCAAAUAUGGAAUGCCAUUACCAUCUAAGAAAGCUAUUUGGUAUUAUAGCUUUAGAAAUGUAAAAUAUCGACUGGUUUAUAUACUCUGCAUUUACUUUUUACAUUUAUUACCAGCUCUUUUAAUAGACACAUUCGCUCUGUGCAUCGGUAAACAACCAAGGUUACUCAAGAUAUAUAAUAAAAUUCACAAAAUAUCGGACAUGCUCGGUUAUUUUACAACGACCGAAUGGAAAUAUACGAAUGAAAGAUGGAGUGAACUAUUAAAUAAGUUAACCAUCGAAGAUCGUGAAUUGUUCUUAUGCGAUAUGAAACAAAUAAAGUGGGAUAAUUUCUUUAAAACUUAUCUCUUGGGUGUAAGAAUAUAUAUAUUAAAAGAUCCAAUCGAUACACUUCCUGAAGCUCGUAUAAAAUGGCGAAGGCUUUACUGGAUGCAUCAAUUAUUGAAAGUUAUUAUAGCAAUGGUCUUUUUUAUGAUCAUGUGGACCAUGAUUACUAGAUUAUUUGUAACGAUUGGUAAUGCGUGAAAGAAGUUGAAAAAUGACAAGAAAAAAAGAAUAAUAAUUUCUGCUGGUUUCGACAAUGUACAGAUCAAUGAUUUAUCCAAUUUAAAAUCUUAUCGAAAUAUUUAGAUCUUUCGAUUAAACAACCAGUGCAGAGGGAUCAGAAUGAACAAAGUUUUUUAGGAUGAAUAAAAUUUCAGAAAUGAAGGUUAAAUUUGUCAAAUUUCGAACGUGUGUCGGCGGAUUACUUCUCCUUUUUUUUUAUUUAUUAAACUAUUUAUUUAUCACAUUAAAUUGUAUAUAUAUAUAUG